AUGAUGCAAUCGCUAGCAUACAGCUCCCAGAUCCUUGCAUCAAGGGACUCCAGUCCAUACGCGUGGGUCGUCUUCGCGCCUGAACGGCACCGGCGCAUCUCCUUCAAACGGUACCUCGUCAAACCACAUUGGCUCCAGUCCCUCCCAUGGCAAGAUACAAUCGAAGCUCCUGUCACUUCGCCAGAAUCCGUCAAAUUCCAGGCCGGACCCUUCGAGAAUGACCGUCUGCAACAACACUACAAUGCUACCAUCGCUCCCGAUCUGCUGGUCAUGACCUAUGACCACCGCGGUGUCCCGGAACAUCUGUCACAGAAGAACGUCUUACGAACAUGGGAUGGAUCAUCCCCCUACCACAAGAACCGUCCCACAAGACCACAGAGAGGAAACAAGACCAUACUCCCAAUCCCCGAGGCGAGAAAUCACAGGAACAUCCCCAAGUUGGAAAAGAUCAUCGUGCACGCUUUCGUCAAGGAAGCUACCCUCAAGAAGGACGUACUGCCAUCGGCAGCGAUGGCGAUCCAAUCCAUCACCGGCCAAAAGCCAAAGAUCUUGAACGCGAAGACCGGUGUCUCUCCUUGGAAGCUCCGUGUGGGUAUGCCAAUCGCAGUCCAAGUGGAGCUCAAGGGGCCGCAGAUGUACCGCUUCCUCACCACCCUUGUUGAGGUUGUGUGGCCGCGUAUGAGAGAUUUCAACGGUAUUUCCCGUAGAUCUGGUGAUCAGACCGGAAACAUCGCGUUUGGUUUCGCAGAUAGCGCAUUGACCCUCUUCCCUGAAAUCGAAUCGACGUUCGACCAGUACCCGAGGAUGCAUGGUUUCGAUGUGAUUUGCCAGACAAACACUCACAGUGAUAACGAGGCGAGGACGUUAUUGGCUGCGUUGGGAGUACCUUUCACGGGUAAGGAGCCUAAGAAGACCACAUAG